CCACCAGAUGAGGUUUGCUUUAACGUGUGGCCAUCACAGUCCUUCUCCCCCCCACCACCUCUCCUAAAAAUCAUUCACAGAAAUCCAAUAUUACACCUCUUCCAUUCCACUCCAACUCUCCUCGUAGAUAUUUUUUUCUAUUUUGUCCAAUUGUAAAUCCUUAUUUCUUCCUCAAGAAUUUUGACGUACUUUAAAAAUGGAUAAGUAAGCAACGAGGUACCAUCCAGAAACUGAUAAACACUCAUCCGAGAAAAAAUUUCCAGUGAUUUGCCGUACUAUAUGCUAUCUUGGUUUGGAUUUGGGUUUGUGUAAUGGCUGCCGUUGCAAUUGCUAAGUUCCAUGUCUACCCGGUCGAUCAAUUGGCGGCUUGCUGCGGCGAGCGGCAGAAGGGAAGCUGUAGGUUCCUCAGACCAGCAGCAGGGCUUUUUCGUGUCCAGAAGGGAGGUGGUGGUGGUGGGCAGUCCAUCUCGCGCCACUGCAGGGCUUUCAGGUCUGAAGAUGGUGGCGGUGGGAGGGAAUUCGAUGAUGGGGAAAGGGAAGAAGGGAAAGUUGAGAAAUUGAAGGGGGGAAAGGCAGGGAAGUUGAAGAAGGGAGAUGGGUUGUGGAUUCCUGGGGUUGGGAGGUUGAAUUUGCCAUCAAAGGAUGAGUACAGUAGAGGAAUUGCUCAAGUGGAGGAAGUUUUCUCUUCGGCUGCAAUCCACGUUGGAAGAUACAUUGUGACGAUGAUGAGCACUGGAGUGGUACUUGCUACUGGUUUUCAGUUGUCAGGUGGAGAAGGUCAAAUGAAUGAUCUUAUCUGGUAUAGCUGGCUUGGAGGAAUCAUAAUUGGCACAAUGACAGGUGCUAACAUGGUGUUAGAUGAACAUUGUCGAGCCGGCCCUCGUAAUGUUGUCAUAACUGGAAGCACAAGGGGAUUGGGGAAGGCACUUGCUAGGGAAUUUCUUCUGUCUGGCGAUCGUGUGGUUAUUGCAUCACGAAGCCAGGAAUCCGUCGAUAUGACAGUGAAGGAGUUGGAGGACAACCUCAAGGAAGGAAUUGUCUCAUCAGAAGGUUCAUCAAAGCGGAAUCUUUCCCAUGCAAGAGUUGUUGGUAUAGCUUGUGACGUCUGUCAACCAUCUGAUGUGAAAAAACUAGCUGAUUUUGCAGUCAGGGAAUUUGGUUCCGUUAACAUAUGGAUAAACAAUGCUGGGACAAAUAAAGGUUUCAGACCCUUGCUGCAGUUCAGCGAUGAAGACGUAACACAGAUUGUCUCGACAAAUUUGGUGGGAUCAAUUCUGUGCACCCGAGAAGCCAUGCGAGUGAUGGAAACUCAGCCUAAGGGAGGCCACAUUUUCAACAUGGAUGGUGCAGGCUCUGGGGGAUCAAGCACUCCUCUUACCGCCGUUUAUGGAGCUACGAAGUGUGGUCUGAGACAGCUUCAAACAUCACUUCUAAAGGAGAGUAAAAAGUCUAAAGUGGGAGUGCAUACAGCUUCCCCAGGCAUGGUCCUCACGGAACUUCUCUUGAGUGGAUCAACGCUGAAAAACAAGCAAAUGUUCAACAUAAUCUGUGAGCUUCCCGAGACCGUAGCUAGGACUUUGGUCCCACGGAUGAGGGUUGUGAAAGGCUCGGGGAAGGCCAUUAACUACUUGACUCCUCCCAGAAUCUUACUUGCUCUAGUCACUGCUUGGUUGAGGCGUGAACGGUGGUUCGAUGACCAGGGAAGAGCACUGUAUGCAGCUGAGGCAGACCGGCUACGAAACUGGGCAGAGAACCGUGCUCGGUUUUCGUUCACGGAUGCGAUGGAGAUGUACACCGAGAAUACGUGGGUGUCGGUUUUCUCGCUCUCUGUUGUGUGCGCGUUCAUUAUACUGUCUAGCACCAGCGGCGUAUCUCCUGGCACCUAAGUCAAAGAAGACGCUCCCUGAUUUUUGGUAAUUCGAAAAGAGGAACCAAGUAAAGCAUCAAAGAUACAGAAGAUUUUAGGCCGCUCCCAUUUUCUUAAGUUUUUUAGCCAUUCAUGGAAAGGGUCUCUGCUGGUUUAUGUUAAUAUGGGCUGGAUGUCUCGCGGAGCUGGUGAUUGUCACCCAUGGGUAUUGUUGUAUACAAAGUCCUGUAAAUGUGAAUUCCUCUUUCAGGCAAAAGAUGGUUCUAUUUAUAUGUAAUGAAAUGUAAGAAAGUUAGUCUUGUAGGACUUUUUACGUUUCUCUUCAGCUAUUCAUGGUCGACAACUGUUCAUUGUCGCUGUUGAGCGUAGAUAAUUCGAACUUGAUCUAUAGCAACACACUUACAGCGAGAUGAUUAUCUCCAAGACUAAUCCAUCGUCACAGUCAAUGCCAAUACAUGGGUAAGAACUGA